AUGGCGCUGGCGUUGAAAGUCAGGGGUAUCAUUGAGGACGAGACUAUCACUCCUGUUGACGACAUCGCUUUGGUGAAAAUGGCACAGGGACUCAACACAGAUCCCUCUCUCGUUGCAAUGAGAGUGGGAGGAAAGUGCACGUUGACGGCUAAACAUGGCGGCCAAAUCGGAUGGAGCCCGCGAUUUGGCCCCACUCAUAUUCUUAAGGCUGCCGAUGUUGAGGUUGAGCACAUUCUGAGAUACUUGGAUCACAGAGCUGGAAAGUUUUGA